CCAGCGCAGCAGCACACGCUCAACCCGCGCAACAACGACCGCAGGGCCAUCCGGCAUCGCACCGACCGACACAAUGGCACUCCGGCUGGCACGACCGAGCUUCAUGGCGCAGCAAGCGCGCACCUUCACGUCCAGCGCCGCGCUGAGCGCCAAAUCGGCCAACGCCAAACUCCGCGACGAGCACGCCAACGUGCCCAUCUACCCCUACGGCCCCAACCGCUGGUACAAGCAGUCGAACCACGGCCUGUACGGCGGCGCCCGCAUCCAAUUCGGCAACAACGUGUCGGACAAGACGGAGCUCAAGACCCGCCGGCGGUGGCACCCCAACAUCCAGCACAAGCGCCUCUACUCCAAGGCGCUGAACCGCUUCGUGCGCGUGCGCCUGUCCACCCGCGUCUUGCGCACCAUCGACAAGGUCGGCGGCAUCGACGAGUACCUGCUGGGCGAGAAGACGGCCCGUAUCCGCGACUUGGGCAUGGGCGGCUGGCUACUCAGAUGGCGCCUUUUCCAGACGGACCACGUUAAGAGGCGCUUUGCUAAGCAGCGCGCUGAGCUGGGCCUGCCUGCUACUACGCUGGCUGAGGAGCUUAUGGGCAUGCGCGGGCAGAUGGUCACGGAACAGCAGCUUGCGCAGGAGAUUGCAAGUUACGACCAGCAGCUGGACAAGGAAGAUGCUGUUGCGGUGAGCGAGGAUGAGGCAGAGGCCAUUGUUACGGGGGCUGAGGUGCAGGAAUUGGAGAAGGCGAAGGACACUGCAUAAAUUUUUUCUGGCAGUGACUGAGAAGGCAGAAUAUAUUCUGUUCAAAAGGCGCAAAGACUGUUCAUUCGAGGAUCAUGUAAAUCACGGUUGUAUUCUAGACCAUGGGACCGGGAAGACAACGAAGACAUAUCAUUAUCAAGCCCAGCGGCCGCAUGACUGAUAUGUCGGUCGACCUUCUGGAUAACUUAACGAAGGACGGACAAAGGCGUGUAGCAUCUGACAUCAACAUGCGACUUGGUUGGAUCGUGGAAACAAUGAAGCUGGAAGAUGCUAGCACAAGCCGAGCAAUCUCGCAGCUCCCCCUUCGAGGACCGGCAUAAAGCCAGAGCAACAACGGGGAAGAAAUGGUAGAAGGUAUGUAGGCAAGUUA